GUCUUGGCUUCAUCACUACUUACAUUUGCAUCUGCGUGUUGCUUUCUCUCCCAACUUCGUAUGUAUUUAUAUAAUAAUGGGGAUUUGUAUUUGUUUGUUUGUUUUUUUCGUUUUGGCAUUAGCUCAACUUAAAGAUGCUUGCUUUUUUAUGUUUUGAGUUCAAAAUUUUGCUUCAAAGUUUUUUCUUGAGCCAUUAUUUAUUUUUUAUUUUUAAAGUCUACAGUGUUUACCUUCUUUGAAGUUACUAAUAGUCUAAUACAUUAGAAAAUGGGUUUAUUUUUUUUUUAUUGGGUUUCGAGUUUUGGCUAGUUUAUAUGAGCUUAGAUUUUGCUCGAAGUAAUGAGAAUUGGGUGAAUCUCGAGUUGGGAGCACGCUACUGUGUGUUGUGCAUUUAAGAUUGUCAUUGUAAAGCUGUUGUAAUUCUUUGAAGAUUUCACAUGAAAUAAAUUGUUAAAGAUAGUAUCAUAACUGCUUAGAUAUACAUGUUAUUUCUGUUAUUUUUCUUUAAGAAGCUUAGCUAAUUAUGCCAAACUUUGGAUAGUUGUUGGGGGUUACUCUUAAAGUCUUAAUCUUGAUUCCACCCAAUAUUUCAUGCCAAAUCUUGUGGGGACGCUGCUAUGUAAUGUUGCAUUCCUUGCAAAUUUUUCCUUCCCAAAAAUGGGUUUUCAAGGACAUCCUACAGUUGGGGUUGUUUUACUUUUCAUGCUAGUGCAAGUUGCUCUGCCAUGGGUGAAACGACAAGAUGCUUUAGUUUUAACUUUGAACAUAUUGUUGGGAAAGUCUUUUUAUUUGAUAAUAAUUAUGUGGUAGACAUAUUACCAUGUACAAUAUUACUUUUUUCUUUUUGGGUGGUGGGAGCUUGAUUUAAUGUUGGAUCAAUGGAUUGUCACAUCGUAUGAACUGUUACUAUCAGCAUCACCUUUGCGGGCAAGCUAUGGCAACCAUGGCUUUAGUAAGCAGGUUUACUCUUAGGCACGGGGUUCCUAUGGAACCUAAUGGUCAUAGGGUGGUGAGAACGAGGGAUCAUCUCAUUCAAGAAAAUGGUGAUUCUAGUUUAUCAUCUGAUGUUGAUGGACUGGAUCCAUGGACUGCGUGGGCAUACAAGCCGCGUACCAUUUCAUUUUUGCUUAUUGGUGCUUGCUUUCUGAUUUGGGCAAGUGGUGCUCUUGAUCCUGAAAACAGGGAAGCCAGUGAUCUCGUCACAUCUGUAAAAAGGGGUGUAUGGGCAAUGAUUGCUGUUUUUCUUGCUUAUUGCUUGCUACAGGCCCCUUCUACGAUCCUUAUUCGGCCUCAUCCUGCAAUUUGGCGGUUAGUUCAUGGAAUGGCUGUUAUUUACCUUGUUUUCCUAACAUUUUUGCUUUUUCAGAAGCGUGAUGAUGCCCGUCAAUUCAUGAAGUUUCUCCAUCCUGACCUUGGCAUUGAACUUCCAGAAAGGUCAUAUGGUGCUGAUUGUCGAAUAUAUAUUCCUGACAACCCUACGAGCAGGUUUAAGAAUGUUUAUGAAACACUUUUUGAUGAAUUUGUCCUGGCCCAUAUUUUUGGUUGGUGGGGCAAGGCUAUUUUAAUUCGCAAUCAGCCGCUUCUCUGGGUGCUUUCAAUCGGAUUUGAGUUGAUGGAGUUUACCUUCCGACACAUGCUACCUAACUUCAAUGAAUGUUGGUGGGAUAGUAUUAUUCUUGACAUUUUGAUAUGUAAUUGGUUUGGUAUUUGGGCUGGAAUGCACACUGUCAGGUACUUUGAUGGAAAAACAUAUGAGUGGGUUGGUAUAAGCCGCCAGCCUAAUAUCAUUGAAAAAGUUAAACGAACGUUAGGACAAUUUACACCAGCACAGUGGGACAAAGAUGAAUGGCAUCCCCUUCUUGGUCCAUGGCGUUUCAUUCAAGUUUUGAGCCUUUGCAUUGUGUUUUUGACAGUGGAACUAAACACAUUCUUUCUGAAGUUUUGUCUUUGGGUUCCACCUCGAAACCCUGUGAUCAUAUAUAGGUUGAUCUUGUGGUGGCUAAUAGCAAUACCCACCAUUCGUGAAUAUAAUUCAUACCUUCAAGACCGGAAACCAGUCAAGAAGGUUGGAGCAUUUUGCUGGCUUUCCCUUGCAAUCUGCAUUGUUGAACUACUCAUUUGCAUCAAAUUUGGACAUGGCUUAUAUCCUAAUCCAAUGCCAAAGUGGCUUGUGAUAUUCUGGUCAUCCGUGGGCACGGCACUGCUUUUAUUCCUUCUUGUUUGGUCCUGGAAACUGCAUCAGAGCUUGGUGAAAAAGAGACAAUAAUUUUUUUCAGAGACGGUAGACUAUUCUUUUAUUCCUUACUUUUUGUUGUACUGAUAUUUGUACAUACCUAUGGAUUUCAUUAGCAUAAAUUGUAAAUGCAUAUUUCUCUUAGGUUUAGCGGAUCACAGAUUGAAGCCAACUGGUUAUUUAAACUCACAAGAUAUUAGUUUGCCAUUAUUUGCACCUGAAAUUUUCCCUCAUGUAUCUCAUAUUGUUCACAUUCAAUUUAUU